AUGUCUCAAUUGCCAAUCCCUUCACAUGAGUCACCCGACUUUGACCUGUCCAAUGAGUGGGCAGGUCAGGUCAGCUCAACCACAAGCAGCACAGAGCUCCGCAUGGCCAAAGAAAGAAUGAGCAGUCUCGGCCUAACAGCCAUGCUACCAUUCUUCGAGACUUUGCCACAGCAGGCAAGUUUGUUGGCGGAUCAGAUCUGGAAUCUUUGCCAAGGCAAAGAGAAAAAGUCGCCAGAGACGCCUUCAAAGCUUGUGCCAAUUCCCUACAAAGCGCAAACCGACUUCAACCUCUCAAAUGAGUGGGCUUCACAGCCAGUGAUGCCCACCACGAGCGAGGUCGAAGUCGCCAAGCAGAGGAUGGCCAGCCUUGGCCUGACGGCCAUGGAGCCAUUUUUUGGGGCUUCCCUGCAACAGUCAACCCUGCUUGCCCAGCAGAUUUGGGCUCUGCACCAGGCCAAGAAGACAUCUCCUGCGACACCUUCAAAGGUUCCUCGUCGUGUCCCAUCGUUCCAGCCCUCAGGCAUGCCGGUCGCCGAAGGCUCUGGGUCUGGACCACCAUCUGCCGCACCUGCUUUGCAGACCUUGCCAACCACAAGCCCUUUGCGCCUGCCGGUAUCGUCGUUGCGCGUGCCUGGCAGCAAGCUGCGCGGGAUGAGAUCGUAUGCGGCUCUUCAGCAUCCAUGA